AGAUUUACUAAUUAUCUUUAGUGGGUUUGGUUUUGGAACUUGUCUUCAAUUUCCAGUUACUAGGGUUCAACCAUGUCUUAAAAGCCAGUGGCUUCUGAGCAGCAAUUUAGCAGCAUGUGUAUCUUGAUGAGAACAAGUCAUUGAUCUUAAAGAUUGUUGAGAGCCAGAAUUCCGGUAAAUUGAGUGAAUGUGCUGAGAACCAAGCAAGGCUGCAGCGAAAUCUCAUGUACCUGGCUGCAAUUGCAGAUUCCCAACCCCAACCACCCACCGUGCAUCCCCAGUUUCCUUCAAGCGGUAUUGUGCAGCCUGGAGCUGGACACUACAUGCAGCACCAACAAGCUCAACAGAUGACGCCACAAUCACUUUUGGCUGCGCGGCCCUCAAUGUUGUAUGCUCAGCAACCAUUUUCAGGCCUUCAACAACAAGCUUUGCACGGUCAGCUUGGUAUGAGCUCUGGUGGAAGCAUGGGCCUUAACAUGCUGCAGAGUGAAGCUAGCACUGCAGGUGGCAGUGGAGCACUUGGGGCAGGAGGGUUUCCUGAUUUUGGGCGUGGCUCUUCUGGAGAAGGCAUGCAUGGUGGCAGGGCAAUGGCAGGUGGAAGCAAGCAAGAUAUUGGGAGUGGUGGGUCAGCUGAAGGUCGUGGAGGGAGCUCUGGGGGUCAGGGUGGUGAUGGGGGUGAAACCCUUUACUUAAAAGCAGCUGAUGAUGGGAAUUGACAUGGUGGACGUAAGGUUCUGUUUUACCAUCUAGGUUUAGGAGAGUGAGUUUAGGAAGAUCAAUUCAAUGAGAAAAAAAGACAAAAAAGUUUGUAAAUUUUUUGCUCAAGGAACUUGUUCCUGAUGCAAAAAACAAUGUUAGAGCUUAGCCUUAGACCUUUUGGCUCUGUGCUUUCUAGUGUGGGACAGUGAUUCUUAUGGUAAUUUAACGUGUAUAUUUGUAGGGUCUCGUGGUUCUACUUGUCAUAUUUGUGUUUAACUUUAAUGUGGAAUGCUUCAGUUUUAUUAUGACUCUAAUUGGACCAUGUUU